AGAGCUGUACGGUGAAAAAAAGAAAAAAGACCUGCAAUCAUUUGCCACAGUGAAGGGAACAAAUGUAGCUGGAGGCAGUGAGGGAGUUAGGGACAUGGGGACAGGCAGAGAGAGAGAACGAUAGAGAGACCUUUCAUGGACAUUUCACAUUCAAAUAGAGGAGGAUUGGACACCAACUGACAGGUCGGCAGAAGGAAGCACCAGGACUUUGGCACGGCCGUCUCUCCUCCUGCUCCUCACUGUGUGUGUGUGUGUGUGUGUGUGUGUGUGUGUGUGUGUGUGUGUGUGUGUGUGUGUGUGUGUGUGUGUGUGUGUGUGUGUGUGCCUGUCACACACACACACACACACGCAGGCUCUCUCUGUGUGCCUGUCAGUGCACGAGGCUCUCUGGGUGGGUGGGGAGCCAGGCUUGUGGAAGAGAUGUUCACUCUGAGGAUGAGACAGCGUUUCUAACAGGAUCUAUUUGCGGACUCGGAAAAUACACACUGACACAGCUGAGGGCACCAGAGCCCACCGGAACCAACCGAAUUAGCCAUGGAGGGACUUCUGUCUCCGAUGAGGACGCGGAUGACAGAGGGGAGGCGAUGUCAGGUCCAUCUCCUGGACGACAGGAAGCUGGAGCUCCUUGUACAGCCCAAAUUGAUGGCGAAGGACUUGCUGGACCUUGUGGCCUCUCACUUCAACCUCAAGGAGAAGGAGUACUUUGGAAUUGCAUACACAGACGAAACGGGCCAUUUUAGUUGGCUUCAGUUGGACCGAAGGGUGUUGGAACACGAGUUCCCCAAGAAGUCUGGUCCUAUUGUCCUCUACUUCUGUGUCAGGUUCUACAUAGAGAGAAUAUCUUACCUGAAGGACAAUGCCACUAUUGAGCUGUUUUUCCUUAAUGCCAAAUCAAUCAUCUACAAGGAGCUCAUUGAAGUGGACAGUGAUGUUGUCUUCGAACUGGCUUCCUUUAUCCUACAAGAGGCUAAAGGAGAUUUCACCAGUAAUGACGUAACCAGGUCGGACCUGAAAAAGCUGCCUGCUCUGCCCACCCAGGCGCUGAAGGAGCACCCAUCUCUCGCUUACUGUGAAGACCGGGUCAUAGAGCACUACAAGAAGCUCAAUGGGCAGUCCAGAGGGCAAGCUAUUGUAAAUUACAUGAGCAUUGUGGAGUCUUUGCCAACAUAUGGAGUACAUUACUAUGGUGUUAAGGACAAGCAGGGGAUCCCGUGGUGGUUGGGUCUGAGCUACAAAGGCAUCUUUCAGUACGACCACCAGGACAAAGUCAAACCCAGAAAGGUGUUCCAAUGGCGUCAGUUGGAGAAUCUCUACUUCAGAGAGAAGAAGUUUUCAGUGGAAGUUCAUGACCCAAGAAGUAGGGCGUCGGUGACCAGAAGGACAUUUGGUCACAGUGGCAUCGCGGUGCACACGUGGUACGCCUGUCCCGCCCUCAUCAAGUCCAUCUGGGCCAUGGCCAUCAGCCAGCACCAGUUCUACCUGGACCGCAAGCAGAGCAAGUCAAAGAUCCACGCAGCGCGGAGUUUGAGUGAGAUUGCGAUCGACCUCACGGAGACAGGAACUCUGAAGACCUCCAAACUAGCAAACAUGGGGAGCAAGGGCAAAAUUAUAAGUGGCAGCAGCGGCAGCCUGCUCUCGUCAGGCUCUCAGGAAUCGGACAGCUCCCAGACCGCCAAGAAGGACAUGCUUGCAGCACUGAGGGCUCGGGAGGACGCCCUGGAGGAAACUCUUAAAAAGAGACUGGAGGAACUCAAGAGCAUCUGCAUCAGAGAGGCGGAGCUGACAGGGAGGCUUCCUAAGGAGUACCCUCUGGAUCCGGGAGAGGAGCCCCCCACAGUGAGGCGGAAGAUCGGCACUGCCUUCAAACUGGACGAGCAGAAAAUCCACCCUAAGGGAGAGGAGGAGGAACUGGAGCGCUUGGAGGGGGAGUUUGCCAUUCAGUCCCAGAUUACAGAGGCAGCCAGGCGCCUGGCCAGCGAUCCUCACAUGAGCAGUAAGAAGCUGAAGAAACAGAGGAAGACUUCUUAUCUGAACACGCUGAAGAAGCUCCAGGAAAUUGAGAACUCUAUCAAUGAGCACCGGGUCCGCUCUGGCAAGAUGCCUACGCAGAGGGCUUCACUUAUCAUAGAGGAGGCCAAUAUUGGUUCUGAAGAUAGUUCAUUGUCUGACGCACUGGUCUUGGAUGAUGAUGAUCCACAUGUUACAGGAUCCCCCACCUUUUCUCCAGUAGCAUCGCCUCACAGGGGCCUCCCUCCUCGACCACCAUCACUCAGUCGGCCCCCACCACCUCAGUCCCUAGAUGGCCUGCGACACCUGCACUAUCCACGGCCCGACUACGAUAAGUCACCCAUCAAACCCAAGAUCUGGAGUGAAUCGUCACUGGAUGAGCCCUACGAAAAAGUAAAAAAACGCUCCUCUCAUUCAAGUCACAGGCGUUUCACGAGCUCUGGCAGUGCAGACGCAGAGGGUAGUAACUCUCUGCAGAGCAGCCCCAUCAGGAACCUCCCUCACUGGAACUCCAGCAUGCCCUCCACCCCCGACCUGAAGACCAGGAACCCACACUACGUACACUCUACUAGGUCGGUGGACAUCAGUCCCACACGUCUGCACAGUCUCGCUCAGCACUUUAGGAACCGCAGCUCAAGCCUUGAGUCCCAGCGCAAACUGUUGGCGCCCGACCCUGACGCACUCCUGCACACCCUGGGCACGCUCGGCAGCUCUGACUUUUUCCUGGUGCCGGGACGCAACUCCAAUGGCUCCGACCCACUAGACGACUGCUCCUCCUGCACCAGCCAAAGCAGCUCAGAGCAUUACUACCCUUCUGGCGGACCCCCCAACAGCAACCCCAACUACUCCACCCUAGGAGAGGACUCGCCCUCCAAAGCCAGGCAGAGACAGAGGCAAAGGCGCCGGUCAGCGGGUCAGUUGGGUUCCUCUAAUUCCGGCUCCAUGCCAAACCUGGCAGCUAAGAACGGUUCGGGUGGAGGCUCGAGCGGAGGAGGGGUGGGUGGGGGACACCACGGGGUCUACCUCCACAGCCAGAGCCAGCCCUCCUCCCAGUACCGCAUCAAGGAGUACCCGCUGUACGUGGAGGGCAGCCCGAACCCCGUGGUGGUUCGCAGCUUGGAGAGCGAUCAGGAGGGCCACUACAGCGUCAAGGCCCAGUUCAAGACCUCCAGCUCCUACACGGCCGGGGGGCUGUACAAGGAGGCGUGGGGGGGAGAGGCGGGAGGAGAAGGGAGCGGCCGACUCACGCCUUCCCGCUCUCAGAUCGUAAGGACUCCGUCGUUGGGGCGAGAGGGUGCUGGAAGCGGAGGCGGGGGGAGGGCAGCGGUGUCUGAAGAGCUGCGGUGCUGGUACCAGAGGUCCUCAGGGAGCCUGAAGGAGAGGAGUCACUCCCACUCGGGAUCCACUUCCUCCGAGACGGGGUCACAGCAAGGCACUCUGGGACACAGCCGAGGAAGUAGAGUAGGGACCCUCGCCAAGUGCUCACCAGCUGCGUCCCCUCACAGCCAGAGGAGUGUGACGCCCUGCAGCGAGCACACAGCCACGCCAACGCCCCCCUGCAGCCCACAGCACAUCCUCAACUGGCAGAGUGGGUCUUUCAGUGACAGCUGUUUCCUCAGCAGCCCGUUGUGUUCAGAGCUGGCCGAUGUGCAGUGGUACGGACGUGAUAAGGCCAAACCUGGAACCCUGGUCUGAGACCUUCCCGCAGGUCCCAUCGCCCUGUCCUACUGCCUCUCCACUGUCCCUCACCACGGCCCAUCGACAACCAACAACCUCAUCCUGAAGGCCCAACAACCGUUCCGCCCUGAGCGCACCUGACAUGAGCCCCGCCUCCAUUCACCACCUCUUCAUCACGCCCCCCCCCCCCCCCCCCGUCACAGCUCAGCUGGAGUGGGACGUGCUCGCCGAGACAGACUGAGAAGUGCCACCUCAGCUGUUGAACUUGUUGCCCUACAGCACCACGGAGCCCGUUGGUCACACUCCCUCGCAGAGAGUGUACGCUAGCAACGGGGGGGCAGGGAGGGAGAACGGCGUUUAAAAACAUCAAGCAAACAACAAAAUUCAACACGACACUGUCCGCUGACCCGACCAGUGCACUGCCGCCCAAUCUGAGGACACCUGCUGGAUUUGAGCCACCAGUUCUAAAAAAUCUCCAGGCCCAUCUCCAGGUGUUGGGUGUCAUUAUUCCAUUAAUGUUGAUUGUCUUUUUUCUUUAUUUGUCCUCGAAAUAUAUUUAUAAUCAAAGAAGAUAACCCAGACUUUUGAGAAAAAUCAGUUUUAAAUGACAUAUUUGCAUCCUCUCCGUUUAACCCACAACCAAAGACAACUUACUGGAUCGCCCGGUCGCACCCCGGCCCGUGGGCUGGUGCCAUACAGUCACCACAGCGACAAUACCGGGAACCCUCCUGAUAUUUAUGGGACUCUGGUAUAUUGACAAGGACAAUAGCAAUAACAGAUAUUGUACAAUAUGAACUGCUUUGAGUCUACGGGGAAUUAAAGCAGGCAUUCAGCGGCAUUCUCAGCCGUGCAACGGUCUGAGUAAAAGAUUCCCUUGGUGUGUCAUCAGUGAAUCGGGAGGCGGGGUUAUUGGGCUCGGCGUUAAUCAAUGAUUUUUUCCUUUGACUUCUUUUUUUUUAUUGACGCCGUCAUUUCAUCUGGGCUGUAGUUUUGGUGUACAAACAAGAUAUUCAGAUUCUGCCGUUUUAACAUUUGUCGUUUUUCACCCCAGGAAGUAGAUGAUUUUUGGCAGUUGCUUGUGGGGAUACUGAGGCUGUUUGAUGAUAAAUCUCUGCAUCAUCUUUUCUAUCACAAGUGUCUGUUCCUCUCUGGAGGUCUUGUUUCCAUAGCGGCUCCUGUCACUACGUGGGGCAUCUGUCUGUCCGUCUUUCUGUCCAUUUCUUCUUCGUGACGGGAGCGACCGAAGACACAGCGUGAACCCGAAUCACAACUAAGACACGCAUACUGGAAGCCACAACACACACUGUGGACACACAAAAAUUACAAAAGUGCCAAACAUGUUGGUGCUUUAUAUUUGUACUGUAACACAGCACUCGAAGAGCCCCCACCCUCCCAUAUUCAAGCUGCAAACAGAAAAGGCCCCACUGUCUUUAGCCAUUGUGCAACGUCUGUACAACAAAAGCACAACAUACGAGGGCUGGACCUACAAUUAGUGAAUUGUAAUUUUCCACUCCAACUAUGUCAAAGUAACUACACAACUUUUAGAGUCGUCUAAAAGGGCAUAAGAGAGGCGGAAAAGCCAGAACAAAGUAUUACAUGAAAGUGCUCUUUUAUUACUACGAGGACAUCAAUUAAUUUUUUGGUUCGACAACAUUUAAUCCCCGCUGCCAGGGCAGCAGUGAAGCCAUAGCCGGAGCUGAAGUAAACGGUUCUUUAACUCUCUCGAAUGGAGAGAGUAAUGUUCCCUCACAACCCAGUCAACAAUCAGACAUUCAGAUCAGAGUUAGAUAAGCACACCUGGUUUUGUAGGAAGGGAGUAGAACUCGCAUGUUAGUUAGUAUCUAAAUAGUUUUCUCUCAUCUUUUCCAGUCAAUAAAUAUUGUUUGUUUUUUUUGCUUUUCCAAAAUAUCCUAAUUGUUGGUAAUUCACUAAGACUGUUGACUGUAAACGGUGCAGCGUGUGUUUUUUUUUGUAUGGGAGGAACCCUGUGCAUCCCACCUUCAUAAUGUUCUAACAUUCACAUUCAUAAUGUUCUUUUUCCUUUUAUGCACUCACACCACUUGUUGUAAUCUGCCACUUUAGACUAUUUAAAUAGGAAAGUUCUGUCCACUCCCCGCAUGGUUGGUUCUCCAAGAGUUGCCCGCCCCCUUCCUGGUCAGAUUUGAUCAGCUUUUCGCCCCGUGAUUGGAACCAGCUCUCCCUGGUUACCUUUUAUUAGAGAGCAAGCUUGAUCCUGCUCUGCUCACUCCGUCCACUGUUUGUGUGCUAAAACACAAUCCCGUGCAUGUCCUGCCACUGAAAAGGAAGAAAAAAAUAACCCAAAGACGUUCAGCGCCCGUCUUCUAUACGGUAACAUUAGCACAUGUUGCUCCAUCGCGUGACCCUUUUCAACCUUGUGGUGAUCUCUGAGUCCAAUGUGAAGUGUGACGUCUCCUCCCUCUGUUGCUCCAAACACACCAUUUUCUGUGCUUCAUAGAUGAGACUUUUUUGUAAUUCUCCCAAGAGAAAUGAACUUACUCUAUUAUCAGUCGUUUCCUGUAUGUAGGGAGGGGCACUGUAGGAUUUUGUGGGGUUUUUAACAUUCACAUUCAUUGUUUUUUCAAUGUUCCAUUUUAUAAGAACAGUAUUGUUUGGGGUUUUUUUGUUCUGUAACCGUGCAUUCAGGUGCUACAAAAUGUCCAGUUACUGCUUUGUCAUGUAGGAUCUAGACAUCUUCAUUGUUAUCAAUAGAUUUAUUUACCAGAAUGAAGCUUAUUUUAACAGACAGUUUAAUUGUAGAAGACACUUCCCCCAACCAGACAAUAGAGCAUGUAACUUGAUUUUAUCAGUUCUGUUCAACUGUAACAAUACAUUAAAGGUGUUGUAGAAAAAAUGUGGAAUUUAUCAAGAAAAAUUACUGAAUUCCACAGUUAAUUUAUUCUUUUUUCUAUUAAAAUUUGUAUAGUAACUUUACAUUUUUCAAAACUGUGUUGUUGGAAAUUGAAUUUUCAAGAUGAGAAGCGGUGUCAGUUAUUGAGAGUAAGAAAAAUAAAUUAUUGAUGAAUGUUCUCAAGA